UACCUCAGCCUCUCCUGAGUAGCUGGGGCUGUGGGCGAGUAGUCUUCUCCCACCGUGCCUCACUGGUGCUGGGAAAAAACUUAACAGAAAUUAAUUUUCUCAGAGUUCUAGGGGCUGGACGUCCCAGGUCAAAGGUCACUGGUUGCCAUCCAGCCUCCUGGCUUGUAGACGGGCCCUCUUGCGGCGUUCUCACCUCGGGGAACGAGAGCUCUGUGGUGUCUUUUCCAGGAGUACUAACCCAGUCACCGGGGCUUUGCACUUAUGACCUCAUCUGAACCUGAUCACCUCCCGGAGGCCCCACCUUCUAAUACCUUCAUAGUGGGAGUUAGGGCUCUAACCUGUGGGUUUUGGGGGACACAGUUCAGUCUGUAGCAGUGGGGCCUGAGCAGGCAGGUGGGAUGUGCUGUCUGAGGCAUCUGUGGAGCCUGAUGCUGCGGGACGUCGGAUGCAAACAGCCUGGGACUGGAUGUCACGUCGACGUCCUGCGGGAAGUCGGAUGCAAACAGCCUGGGACUGGAUGUCACGUCGACGUCCUGUGGGACGUCGGAUGCAAACAGCCUGGGACUGGAUGUCACGUCGACGUCCUGCGGGACGUUGGAUGCAAACGGCCUUCUCUGAUGCCAAAAGACUAUAGAUGCUGCUCUGAUUUUGUGUCUAGGGCUUUUCUCGCGCACAACAGAUGUCCUCCUGGGCUGUUGGGAACUCUCAGAGGCUUCGUCUGCACAGAGGAUCAUGGUUUCCAAAGCCAGAUAUCCCUUUUUACGGAUGAGGAACAGCCCUUGGAGAACAAGUGUCUUCAGAGGCAGUGUCUAGGGUCUCCUGAAAUCAGGCUGCCGAGUCUUUUCUUGCCCUGUGGGUCUCCACCCUGUUCUUUGCCUUUGGGACAGAUCAUGCUGUGGCAGAGAAGCUCAGAGGCUGAGGCCGACUGCUAAAGCAGCGUCUGAAUGUGGCUUGUGCUUGCAGCCAAGAGAGGGCCACCUGUGUGGGGCAGGUGGGAUGCUGACCCUGGAGGCAAGUUCCCACCUUAACCGGAGGCUCGUUUGAAGCAUCCUGCCCAGGGCAGUGCUGGGGUCUGAGAUCCGAGGACCCCGUCUGCCGGCACCCGUGCUCAGGAGGCAUCUCCCACAAAUCGUGUUCAGCACCCACCCCAGUCCUGGUCGGUGGACAUCUGUGCGGGGCAGGGAGAGUGAAGCACAGCUGGUCUGAUAGAAGCGUCUGGCUUCCUUCCAGGCUGCACUGCCUCCCAGCGGGUUGGCCUCACGGGUAACAAGGCCAGAAGCUGCUGUGAGGCUCCCUGGGGCAGUGCCAGCACUGGGGAUUUGGGAAGGAGAGGUGUCUGUCCCCCCGGAGGGGCAGCUGGGGUCUGCUGGUCUCUGCUGAUGGGCCUGAGCGUAUCUGAAAAGGACAGGUAGGAAGGGGGUGGCUGCAGUGUGCGCUGGCCGGACCCCAGGUGAUGCUCUGCUGGGACCCACAGGGGGCUGCAGUGUGCACUGGCCGGACCCCAGGUGAUGCUCUGCUGGGACCCAGAGGUUGUAGGGGUGGGAUCCAGGUGGGUGGUUCUUCAGACAUUGCCUCUGAAGACACUUCAGAGUCCAGGCCCAGCAUCUGUGGCUUUCGGGCCAGGGCCCUUUGCUCACCACCAGGCAGCUGGGAGAGGCUCUGGGCCCAGCUGUAAAUGUCUGAGAGCAUGGCUGCCUGAAGCAGGCUAGAGGGAGGAGGGCUGGUGACCUGAAAUCACACCCUAGAACUUCCAGGGGCCUCAGCGAGGAGGCAAAGAGAGUGCUGGGACUGUGAGGGGGACUGCCAGAUAUGUCCCCCAGAAUCAUGGGCUUUAGGUGCUGGAGGGGCCUCAGUGACCUUCCGCCUGGCCCCCUGCGGGCAGCACGCCUCUGCUGAGAGGCUUCAGGGGCCAGGGCUGGGGGCUGGCACUGCCUCUGGUGGCACUGACAUCGUCCUGCUCAAGGCUUGGCUGCCGGCCAGGAAGGCUUCUCUGCCCGCCCCGACAGGAGACCUGUGCACGCCCACCCCGUGGCACGACUGGGGUCAGGACCAGCGCCUGCUGCUGCAACUGAGAUCCUGCCCUGUCUAUGGCCACAGGCGCACCCGGGGCCGGCCUCAGAGGCGGGUCUGGCCAGGCUGGGUGGAGGGCGGGGGCUGACCGCAGACCUGGGGCUGCCACACCCAUGGGGGAAGGGCUGUGGCAACGUGGGCGCCUCCCGUUGGCUGGGCCGAGGCAGCCUCCCACCGGCUGCACAAGAGUUUCUUUAAGGAGUUUCCCCCGUGCGCGCCAGCAGCCUUUUGCUGCUCUCAAAGUCCUGACUUCCGUGUGCUCCCCACCCGUGCAGGAAGCCACCGCCCAGCCAUGGACGGGGAGGAGCAGCAGCCACUGCAUGAGGCCAACGUGGAACCUGUUGUGUCAUCGGAGGCUUCAGAGCCGGUGCCCAGGGUGCUUUCUGGGGACCCCCAGAACCUGUCCGACGUGGACGCCUUCAAUCUGCUCCUGGAGAUGAAGCUAAAGCGGCGGCGUCAGCAGCCCAACCUGCCUCGCACUGUGACCCAGCUGGUGGCUGAAGAUGGGAGCAGGGUGUACGUGGUGGGGACAGCCCACUUCAGCGACGACAGCAAGAGGGAUGUCGUGAAGACCAUCCGGGAGGUGCAGCCUGACGUGGUAGUUGUGGAGCUCUGCCAGUACCGUGUGUCCAUGCUGAAGAUGGAUGAGAGCACGCUGCUGCGGGAGGCACAGGAGCUCAGCCUGGAGAAGCUGCAGCAGGCCGUGAGGCAGAACGGGCUCAUGUCGGGGCUGAUGCAGAUGCUGCUGCUGAAGGUGUCUGCGCACAUCACCGAGCAGCUGGGCAUGGCCCCGGGCGGCGAGUUCAGGGAGGCCUUCAAGGAGCCUCUGCUCCAGGCCAGCAAGGUGCCUUUCUGCAAGUUCCACCUGGGUGACCGGCCCAUCCCUGUCACCUUCAAGAGGGCCAUCGCUGCGCUCUCCUUCUGGCAGAAGGUCAGGCUGGCUUGGGGCCUGUGCUUCCUGUCAGACCCCAUCAGCAAGGACGACGUGGAGCGCUGCAAGCAGAAGGACCUGCUGGAGCAGAUGAUGGCUGAGAUGAUCGGCGAGUUCCCGGACCUGCACCGCACCAUUGUCUCGGAGCGCGACGUCUACCUGACCUACAUGCUGCGCCAGGCCGCCCGGCGCCUUGAGCUGCCUCGGGCCUCUGACGCCGAGCCCAGGAAGUGUGUCCCGUCUGUGGUUGUGGGCGUCGUGGGCAUGGGCCACGUGCCUGGCAUUGAGAAGAACUGGAGCACCGACCUCAACAUCCAGGAGAUCAUGACCGUGCCCCCACCGUCCGUCUCCGGCAGAGUGUCUCGGUUGGCCCUGAAGGCCGCCUUCUUCGGUCUGCUGGGCUACAGUCUGUACUGGAUGGGCCGCCGCACUGCGAGCCUGGUCCUGUCGCUGCCCGCCGCGCAGUACUGCCUGCAGAGGGUGACCGAGGCCCGGCACAAGUAGGAGACUGCUCCCCGCCCGCGCGGGCCCCUGAGGAGCCAGUGCCCCCGCGGCACUUCCUGGGUGCCAGGCGCAUCCUAGCCCGCCGGAGGCCCCUGCCACCCCCCAUGGGGGUCUGGGCCCGGCCUCGCCUGCCCUCCUGGUCCAGUCACCCCUCCCCCAGCCCACCCAAAUAAAGGAUUAUUUAACUGUCUGA